CUUAGAUAGUGGGAGAGGAAGAGCUGUUUCAGGCAGGAACGUAACUGGAUGAACGGAGGAGUAGGUAACGCGCGAAUUCCAGGUUGACGAACGAGACAAGGGAAGAGGAGGAGGAAAGAGGGUUGGAGAAUAAAUGAAUGCUUCCUUCCUCACCCACAAACCAACCCCCCUCUCUAACAAGCGAUGGUCUAGUCCUGAAGCCGAAAAGGGGUGGGGCUUUCACGCUCGUAGAGAUUGCCAUUGCUGCCUCUGCCUCCAUGCCAGCUGUGACCGUUCCUGAGAACAAUAGUAAAAGCGAAAAGUCAAGAGAGGGGAAGGCACGUGUGGCCAGGGGACACUAUGAAUGAAGAGCAGUUCGUUAACAUUGACUUGAAUGAUGAUAACGUUUGCAGUGUGUGCAAGUUAGGAACAGAAAGAGAGACUCUCUCAUUCUGCCACGUUUGUUUUGAGCUAAACAUUGAAGGAAUACCAAAGUCUGAUCUUCUGCACACAAGAUCAUUAAGGGGACACAGAGACUGUUUUGAAAAAUUCCAUUUAAUAGCAAACCAGAGUUGUCCACGGUCAAAACUCUCCAAGAGCACAUAUGCAGAAGUGAAAAACAUCUUGAGCAAAAAAAUUAACUGGAUUAUACAGUAUGCACAAAAUAAAGAUUUGGAUUUGGAUUCUGAAAGUUCAAAACAAACACAGCACCGGCUUUUGGGCUUUAGAAAUAAGAGAGAGAGAAAGCUCCUUCCGCAGUUUGAUUCCCAAGUCCCUAAAUACUCUGCAAAAUGGAUAGAUGGAAACUCUGGGAAUAUUUCAAACUGCUCACAAAGUAUUCUUGAACCAAAAGAAUCCAGUGAUUUUAGACUUGAUAUGUUGGAACAAGCAGGUGCACCAUUUUGCUGCAGAAGUUCAUUGUGGUCUAGUCAUAACCAGUCAGCAGAGAUGGGAAAAGCUAAAGAAGACCCAGAUACCCAUGUCCAAAGAAGACAUCCCCAGUUCAGCAGGGAGCAAUUGAGUAUGAUGACUCUUGGAGAGGUGGAACAGCUGAAUGAAAAACUUCUCAAACAAAUCCAGGAUGUGUUUGAAGAGCUGACCGAGCAAGUGCAAGAAAAAGACUCCUUGGCUUCACAACUUAAUGUCCGCCACAUUGCUAUUGAGCAGCUGCUAAAAAAUUGUUCAAAAUUGCCAUGUCUACAGAUGGGACGGGCAGCAAUGAAAUCUAAUAUAUCCAUAUAGAUGUAGCAAAGCUUGUUUCCCUGCUUUAUUAAUCUAUCUCACACAAUUGCACACUCAAGCAGUAUUUUGGAAUAUUCUAAACUUGUAUGUUACAAAAUGCAAGGGAAGUUGCAUAUGGUGUUCUUUUAAACAAUGGGGGGGAAGCACACUAGGGACUAGUUUGACUCUGGAAGUCACCUAACCUCUGCCCCAAACCAGCUAUGUUCAUUACAGGCAUACAAUACAAAGACUUCUUACUGCCAUGUAAAUAGCCUGGAAAUUAACAAAUUAAUGCAGGUUUUAGGUACCAAGAAAAUGGUGUCGCAACCAGUGUUCACAAAAUCUACAUUUCUUAUUUAUUGAAAGCAAUAUUUUAUUACUGAAAUUUUAUACAAGAAAACUAUUUUCGGUACUUUUCCGUAUCUCUUUAUAAACUUUUUGAAUGAUAUAUAACAUUUUUGCCUUGUGUAAUGAUUGUUUACCCUUUUUUCAAGUCAGUGUACUUACCUUUCAUGAUGGAUUUUUUUUAAAAAAAAGAACUUGUUUCCCAAAGACACAAUCUCAGUGGCUGUAAUGCAUUACGUUUACUUUUCAGCAAUGUACAAUUUAUUGGGCAUGGAUUGUAUCUUAGUAGAAGAAAUUUAAGCACAGCACCUCCUUCUUGGAAUGAUGGUUCAUGUUUUGUUAAUAUAUGCAGAUCUGGAGUUUGAUUUUGUAUGUGAAUUUCUAAUGCUUAAUAAAAGUAUAUGGCUACAAAGAAAUAAACCUCUAAUACCU